AUGUGCAUGCGGAGUGGGGCGAAAGACAUCGGACUUUGUUCUCAGGAGCCUUCUGUUUGGUUUGUGAAGAACACUCAGCAGCUUGUCCCGUGCCCUUUGCAGUGCCAUCUGGCUCGCCAACACAGAGGUUGGAGUAGACUCGUACAGCUGCUCAUGGCAGUGUGUACAAGAAGGCUGUGCCCAAAUGCAACAUCUUCCGUUGAAAUUGUCCGGCAGCCGCCGCCCUUAGGUGCGGUGGUGGCGAUGGCCUUGCAAAAAGCAUGGCGCAGCGGUUCUGCUGGCUUCUUCGCCGGCACCGUGCAGGUGCUGGCUUUCAUGUGGCUGCGGACCGCCAUGAACUACCAGUACAAGUUCGGGGGAACGUUACCUGAUGUACUCCAGAAGCUGUACCGUGAGGGUGGAAUCGCCAGACUGUAUCAAGGUCUCUUGCCCUGGGCAAUAUUUCAAGCGCCCCUUUCUCGUUUUGGUGAUGUCGCCGCGAACGACAUGGUACUGGCACUGAUGGGCGCAUUGUUCCCUCAGGUGCCAGUUGGUGUAACGACCUUUGUGGGCUCCGUUUCGAGUGCUGCUUGGCGGGUCAUCAUCACGCCAGUGGAUACUUGCAAGACGAUGCUGCAGACAGAUGGAACAAAAGGCUGGAUCAUGCUGAAAGAAAAAAUGUCUAAAGGUGGACUGCUAAUUUUAUGGGCGGGUUGGGAGGGUAAUUACAUGGCGAACGUCAUUGGGAACUAUCCCUGGUUCGUGACCAGCAACGUUCUCCAGAAACGUGUACCAGUGCCUGCCGGAAACUUUAUGAAGCUGGUCAGGAGUGCGUUCAUUGGUGCAGUUGCGUCUUCCAUUAGCGAUGUUGUUGCCAAUUCUAUCCGCGUCAUAAAGACGAAGAAGCAAACCAGCGAAGAUGUCAACUGCGGAUAUAUAGCUGCAGCGCAACAGAUUAUUGCCUCGGACGGCAUCUGUGGCAUCUUCUUCCGUGGACUGAGCACGCGAGUGUUCACAAAUAUUUUGCAAAGCUCGCAGCAGUUUGGGACUAGUUCGGCUAUCCACGCGUGCGAGGUCUUGGAUCAUGUGCCGCUCCAGCCCCUGCAAAACCUGUGGAAAGACCACAUGGGUUGGCUGAGGACUCCACAUCGACGCCGCACUGCAACAUGUUCCGUUGGCGGACCGCUGCCCCGGUUGGGAAACUGGUCAGUGCAACGUCAAGGCACUGAGCUCCAAACUUCGUGCGAACAAUAG